CGUUGAUGCACAUACCUUAAUUUUCACCAACUUUUACUUCACUUGCAAUCCAUGCUUAUUCUUUGAUGUUUCCGGUUUAUCUAAUUUUUCUUGCUCUACAUUCCCACCCAACUUCUAACACUUUUCGCAAGCUUCUCGAGCUCAUGAGUGGAAUGAAAAUGCUGUGACAUGCAUGGAAUGAAUUUACUGCCAUAGGCGCAAAAACUCAAAGGGAUGAAUUAAGGUUCAUGAGUAAUUUAGUCGAAAUAGUGCUUCUUUAAGUGUAGUUCUUGAUUUUGGUGGGCUGUUUCGUGAAAGCAAUGUCCGUGGUGGAAUAAGAGAGUGUGAUUCAUGUGCGUAAUUUGCAGCAGUAGAACUUCAGAGGUGAAACACCCAGUCUUUUGAAGAAAUGGGAAAGCAAGGGUCUCCAAAAAGCCCCCGUCCUGGUUCUUUAAGUUUUGAUGCAUCCUCUGGGUUCAAGGAGUAUCAAUUCAGAUGGAAUGAGAUGCUACAAAAUGGUGAUCCUUCUCUAGGUAGGAGGGUGUCAGGGGGAGAAUACACUUGGGACAAACCUAUAUUUGUCAAAGGAUUUAAGAAUGAUAGUGUAAAAUACAAUGCCAGUAAAGGAGGUUCUGCUGGUAAAAAGCAUCUGUGGUGGUUUCUUAGGCAUUUGAGGUCUAUUAUAUUCACAUUCAUGUUGAUGGGAUUGUUAUUCCUUUUAGAUUCGUUAAUGUUUUCUCUUUUUGAUCCAUCAUUUCUCGAGAACAGUCCAAAUCCGAGUAAGGCAUAUGAUGCAAAGCAGGGAAGAAACGCUGCAUAUGAUGACCAAGAAAAAAGUCCGGUGUUGUAUUCUAGACUUUUGCAUAUGGCUUCUCUUUCACUUGCAGAGAAAGAUCCAGAGAAAACAGUGUCAAAGUUUUGGAAGGAACAAUUUCCACAGGCAUCUUCGUGGACACCUUGUGCAGAUAAGAAUGUCAAAAGGGCAGGGACAGUGAACAACCACACUGGUUUUAUUUUGGUCAGUGCAAAUGGAGGACUAAAUCAACAGCGAGUUGCGGUCUGUAAUGCUGUUGCUGUAGCAUCUCUACUAAAUGCAACAUUAGUAAUUCCCAAAUUUCUCUAUAGCAACGUAUGGAAGGAUCCCAGCCAGUUCAGUGAUAUAUAUCAAGAAGAAACGUUUAUGCACACACUAAAGAAUGAUAUAAAUAUUAUAAAGGAGCUUCCUUCUCAUCUGAGAUCAUUAGAUCUGGAGGCCAUUGGUAGUCUAGUGACAGAUGCAGACCUUGCAAAGGAGGCAACACCUAAUGAAUAUAUAAAGAAUAUACUUCCUAUUUUAUUGCGUAAUGGAAUUGUUCAUUUCCUUGGAUUUGGCAAUCGACUUGGCUUUGACCCAUUGCCUUAUGAUCUUCAGAAACUUAGAUGCAAGUGUAACUUCCAUGCUUUAAAGUUUGUACCAAAGAUUCAGAAAAUUGGCUCCUUAUUGGUGAAGAGGAUAAGAAAAUAUGACAGUGCAAGAAGCAUGUUAGACAAGCAGCUUCUUGGAAACUUCAUCUCUAGCAUCCCUUCUGGAGAGCAAGUUAAUAUAGCUAGCUCUUCCAAAUAUCUUGCUCUGCAUUUAAGGUUUGAAGUGGAUAUGGUGGCCUAUUCAAUGUGUGACUUUGGAGGUGGUGAAAACGAGACCAGGGAACUUCAAGCAUAUAGAGAAGAGCAUUUUCCGCUGCUCCUUGAGCGCUUGAAGAAAGUGAAACCCCUCUCCCCCGCAGAAUUGAGAAAGAUGGGAAGAUGUCCUUUGACACCAGAAGAAGCAGCUCUGGUUCUUGCUGGUCUUGGAUUUAGCAGUGGGGCUUAUAUCUAUCUUGCUGGUUCCCAAAUUUAUGGAGGAAAAUCAAGAAUGCGUCCUGUAAUCAAUCUCUAUCCUAAUAUUGUCACAAAAGAGGAUCUCCUCUCACCCACUGAACUGGCACCUUUUAGGAAUUUUUCUUCUCAGCUUGCAGCUUUAGACUUCAUUGCUUGUGCUGCUUCUGAUGUAUUUGCGAUGACGGAUUCUGGGAGCCAGUUAUCAUCCCUAGUCUCUGGUUUUCGAAUAUAUUAUGGUGGAGGAAAUGCUCCCACGCUGCGGCCUAGCAAGAAGAGGCUGGCAGCAAUUUUGCAAGAAAACAGCACUAUCAGGUGGCAGAGUUUUGAGAACAGAAUAAGGAAGAUGAUCGAAGAAGGUCAAAGAGUGCAUAUAAGGGGUUUUGGCAGAAGCAUUUAUCGACAGCCAAGAUGCAACGAGUGCAUGUGCAAGCACCAAUAGUCUUCUUUGUACCUUUUUCUUGUUUUUCCUUUCUUUUCUCUGAUAUCAAAUUCAUUGGAUCCAUCUAAGAAGCAAAUGAGUUGGUGUUGUUGCGCCUUUUUUCUGUUACUUUUGGGAACUGUAACAACAUUCUCAAUCUUGAACCUUAUUAUUUCA